UUGGUAUGUGUGUAUGUGUUCGUGCGAGUUUGCAUACAAGUAUUUGUGUUUAGUAUUAUACAUGCAUUUGAGUGGACGGAAAGUGUGUGUCUGUUGUGUGUGUGUAUGAGUACGAGGGAGAAUAGUGAAACGGAUCGUGUAGAGGGUGAGGUAGAAGAAAAAGGGAUACACAAGUCGGCUUUGAUUCGGUCGUUUUGAAUCGCCUUUAAACGCGUGAAAUAUGAUUUAUUGAAAUCCCGUUCGCUGUGAACAUAUGCAUCGAUUUUAAUAUUAUUUACCAUAAGCAACUCCACCACCGUCUCGUAACAGGCACGUGAAAAUAAGAAGUUUUCUUUAUCUGCGGCGAGUUUGUGUGCGCGUGUGUGUAUUUGUGAUUUUAUAUCGUUAUCCGUUCAUUGUCGACCACUACCGUUCAACAUCACUUCCGAGUAUCUGAGGGAACGCCGCUGCCACCAAAUCUGGUCAGCCUUCGUUUCUCGCUCAUUUGCACACAUUAUUUGGCAGCCAACAUAACAUGAUGACCGCCGUGGCCGUCGACUUUAACAUAAUCGUUGGAAUGCAUGUUUUGUAGAUGCUACUGCAAAAGGUCAUUGUAUAGGUUCCUUUUGUACAUAAAUCAUUCAUACCAGAAAUAACAGACUGGGACUAGUCACCGAACAGAUCUAAAGUAAAAAAUAAAAAAUAACUAUAAAACUUCAUUUUUUAAAAUGGCACAACUAGUCUUAAACAUAAUCGAUAGUUACCACGACAUAAUGGACAACAAAAGUGAUGCCAGAGUUAAUGGCUGGCCAAUGUUGUCCAGCCCGUUUCCGACAUUGUUUAUAUGUCUAUUUUACGCUUAUUUUGCUAAAAUACUUGGACCUAGACUAAUGGAAAAUCGAAAACCUUUUCAACUUAGAAAAUUGCUUAUAGUUUAUAAUGCAAUACAAACUGUGUUCAGCGCUUGGAUAUUCUAUGAAUACAUGAUGAGUGGUUGGGGUGGAUCGUACAGUCUAAAAUGUCAGCCAGUUGACUAUUCCAACAGCCCGAUGGCCUUGCGAAUGGCCCGCACAUGUUGGUGGUACUACAUUUCCAAAUUCACCGAAUUUUUUGAUACAUUGUUUUUCAUAUUAAGAAAGAAGAACCAACAAGUGUCGACGUUGCAUGUCAUCCAUCACGGAUGCAUGCCGAUGAGCGUCUGGAUGGGAAUGAAAUUCGCCCCAGGCGGUCACAGUACCUUUUUCGCGUUGCUCAACACAUUCGUACAUAUCGUCAUGUACUUCUACUAUAUGGUGUCAGCGAUGGGACCUAAAUAUCAAAAAUACAUUUGGUGGAAAAAAUAUCUCACCUCAUUCCAAAUGCUCCAAUUCGUGUGCAUAUUUAUCCAUCAGUUCCAAUUGUUGUUCGUCGAAUGCAACUACCCCAAGAGCUUCAUGAUUUGGAUAGGUCUGCACGGCGUUAUGUUUUUAUUCCUGUUCUCUGACUUUUACAAAUCCAAAUAUACCAGUAAUGGUAAACGAAGACCGACAAAUGACGGAGGAUGCAUGCCGGUAGAAGGAGCAAGUUACAGUAAAUGUUCUUCUAACGAACACGACAAUGUUGUAUACUAUUCAAAUGGUAUCGUCAACGGUUUCAAAUCAACUGAAGAUGCCAAAACCAAAUAG